GGUUUGCAAUAAUAGUGAUUGCGAUUAACGUCUUAAACAUGUGUUGAUAUGAAUGGUUACCACAGAUGGAGAUGAAGGCCAUAACCAUAGAAGACGUGCAGACAAUACAUGUCAACAAAUAGUCGAUUAUUUCAACACAUUUUUUUCAAACUAUUUAUUUUGACUAAACAUUUAAAAUACUCUUAAAUUGUAAUCAAAAUCAUUGGUUAAAUGAUUGGUAUUUUGUGGUAACAAUUGGUUGUGAUUUCGUGCGGACAUAACACAAGUGACCAAAUCCUGGAACCGAUGAUGAGUUCGAGUCCAUUGCCAGAGCCGGUGACCACUCGUAUGCGUCAAAGACAUAGGACUGAGUCCAUGAAAGCGAUGGACAAAUGUCAUCAAUACGUGACCCGACUCUUCCGCUUCGGUCACAUGGACUUCGAGUUCGCCGUUUGGCAAAUGAUUUACCUCUUCGUGUCGCCCAAAAAAGUUUACCGCAAUUUCCAGUACCGGAAGCAGACGAAGAACCAGUUCGCUCGCGACGACCCGGCGUUUCUGCUGCUGCUCUUCGUGUGGUUUGUCAUCUCAGCCACUGGUCUCUCAUUGGCCCUCAAACUACACUUCUUGGGUUUCGUGAAGUUCUUGUUUUGGGUCGUAUUCAUCGACUGUGUACUCGUGGGCGCACUCGUGGCCACACUCUUCUGGUUCGUCACCAAUCGAUACAUGCGGUCGUCGGACACGGAGGACGUCGAGUGGGGCUACGCUUUCGACGUUCAUCUCAACGCCUUUUUCCCACCGCUUCUUAUUCUGCAUGUGUUUCAGCUCUUCUUCUAUAACGUGUUCAUAAGUGAGGACUACUUCAUAGCGCGACUCUUUGGCAACACAUUAUGGAUGAUAUCCGUCACGUAUUACUGUUACAUAACAUUUCUUGGCUAUAGUUGUCUCGCAAUCGUGAGACACACCCAAACAAUACUAUACCCAUUGGUUCCGCUAUUCUUCGUGUAUUUGGUGUCAAUCAUCGCCGGAAUCAAUGUCUGUAGAGUUAUGAUGGAUUUCUAUCACUACAGAGUCUACUAAUAUGUUGAUUGAGU